AAACCUAAUUCAGAUAUUAUUGGCUCAAUUGACUCUCUGGAAACUAAUGAAAAUUUGGAACCUUCUGGCUUGUCAUGUGCGGAUGGAACUGCAAUUGACUGUGACCUUCCAUCCAUUUCGAUUACAGAAGCUAGCGUUCAAUCUGCAACCGAGUGCCUCCUUCCAACUGGCAUUAUUUCACAUGCUGAUAGUGAACUUCAGUUAUCAGUGAAUCGAGACCUAUCUUUUGCUGAGGAGGCUGACUGUGUCCCUCUACUGUGCCUCAGCACUUCGGCGGCUACCACUCCAACUACUCAUAAUAAGAUGCCACUUGGUGGUCAUUCAACUCAACAUAAUAGCUCUUUUCACAACUUAUCUUUGCGCUGCUUGUCACCUGCAGACGCCAAGCUGACUACAUUGAAUGCACCUGCUUGCUCUGGAAAAAGAAAAUCGGCUUCUCAGAGCUCUGAUGCGUUGCUAAAUUUCGGGAAGGAAAUGCCUGACUGCACGGCGAAUAGUGGUUCAGAAGCCCUUGAAGAUUUACUGACUCAACUGAAAACAGAUGAACCACCGAAGCAAGUUCAAUCCAAGGCGCAGUCCGAUAUUUCAUUUGUGAUUUCUGACGGUUCAUCAUCGAGUGAUUUGGAAUUGGGCAAUGAUCCCAGUUUCUACCAUCGGAUCGACAAUGCUUAUUUGAAGGGAUCUUUGAAGCAAAUGGCGUCUUUGAGAAACAAACCACGAUUCGACUCCAAUUCUGAUAGCGGCGACGAAGUGAAGUCAUGUGACUCUGAACUAUCAGAGACUGAUGAAUUUUAUCCUCAUCCGCGAGCCGACUCGCACCCAUCAGUCGUAGAUGUUCCACGAAGAAGUCGCCUACGUAGUGCAGAAAAGGCGACUCAUUUGAAGGCAAUUGAAAACGGUUCCACGCUGCCCUUCAUAUAUUCGUUGAGUCCAUUGGAUAUUAUGGCUUCUUCACAAACAUCCAUCUUCAAACGUCAUCCCAGUGCUGAAAGGUUCGUGAAGAAUUUUAAAAAGAAUCGAGAGGAGCUCGCAAAUCGCCUUUUGACGGAGUUCAACGAAGCUAUUUUUGCAAACCAGCUUCCGGGAGAGCUUCGAGUGAUAUGGAAUGAACGCCUUCUCAAAACGGCUGGUCAAUGCGUUUACCUAAAAAGGAAUUCUAAGCAUCCGGAUGGUUCGGUGACCUCGGCACGAGAGGUGCGGAUCGAGCUCUCGGGCAAGGUGUGUACGUCAGCCGAGCGUGUGCGCGACACUUUGCUGCAUGAGGCAUGCCACGCUGCGGUGUGGCUGGUGCAUGGCCUCAAUGAUGGCCAUGGACCCCUGUGGCGAUCCUUUGCUCGCAGAGCCAAAGCCGUCUUUCCUCACCUACCACCCAUCACGGUGCGUCACACCUACGCCAUCGAUACCCGCUUCACUUAUCGUUGCUCCGGUUGCCUCACUACCAUCAACCGGCACUCCAAAUCUCUUGACAUUCGAAAGAAGGUCUGUCUUUCAUCCGCGCUUUUCGUCAACAAAAAUGGCAAACUUGUGCCCGUCAAUUCGGCAGACGGGAAAACGGCGACAACCGCAGAAACAAGUUCCUGUCCGCGAUCCGUGUUUGCUGACUUUGUGAAGGUACAUUACAGGGAGGUACGUGGUGCAUCCUCCACCCACAAAGAUGCAAUGGUUCAACUCAGUAGCAUGUUCCAUUCCAUGAAACUUAAAAGUGACCAGGAAAAGGAGGGUUAA